ACUCAGAAACCAACAUUAUAACAUAACCUGCAAAUCUUUUCUAUUGCUAUAACCCUUUCCCUCUUUCUUAAUUUGCAAUCAUGUCUAACUCAAAAAUUUUGAAGAUUCCUCUCCAAGAAAUAUCAUUGGCAACUAACAAUUUUGCUAAAGAAAACAUCAUUGGAAAGGGGGGAUAUGGCCUAGUGUACCAAGGCCAAUCAGAAAAACAUGGCCUCCUCGCCAUAAAGCGGCUGAUGCUUGGUCCUCAAGGGCAUGGAGACCACGAAUACGGGACGGAGAUUGAACUCCUUUCAAAUUACAAGCAUGAAAACGUAGUAUCCCUCAUCGGGUUUUGUGGAGAAGGCCAGGAGAGGAUCCUUGUUUACAAAUAUGAAGCAAAUGGGAGUCUUGACAAAGCUUUGCAAAGAAAAGAUUUAUCCUGGACGACGCGUCUUCAGAUUUGCGUGGACGCUGCCCGCGGGUUGAGGUACCUUCAUAAUUAUGAAAACGGAAUUAAACCGCUAAUUAUUCAUCGUGACAUCAAGAGUUCAAACAUCCUCUUGGAUGAGAACUGGAAUGCAAAGAUUUCAGAUUUUGGAUUGUCUAGACUAGCUCUUACAAACUCAGCCAAUUCAGUUUUAUACACUCCUGCUUGUGGGACACCAGGAUAUGUGGAUCCAGAAUAUCUACAAGAUUGCACUCUCACACAUAAAUCUGAUGUGUAUUCAUUCGGGGUUGUGUUGUUUGAAGUCUUGUUUGGGAAAGUUGUAGGAGCUCCUGACCGUGGUCAAUUUACCGCCAAAAUGGCCAAAAUGUAUUAUAAAGAGAAAAAGUUGCAUCAGAUGAUUGAUUCUGAUCUAAAAAAUCAAAUGAACUCAGCUUCCUUGAGCACAUUCUCAUCCAUUGCCAAUGAAUGCUUACAGGAUCUCAGAAAAGAUCGUCCUACAAUGAGCCGUGUCAUGGAAGCUCUAGAGAAAGCUUUGGGAUAUCAACAAGGAGGGACUGGAGAAAGCUUGGGGUUAUCAUCAAGUCGGUUUUUGCAUGAUGUAUACAUUAGUUUUCGAGCUGAAUUACCCUCUAGGACACCCAACAUUGUUGAUACUCUAUGUCAAGCUCUUGAAAGUGAAGGAAUUUCCACUUACAAGGGCAGCGUCCAAAAUACCCGUAAGCAAGAGGUACUCCUGGAAGCCAUCAAACAAUCAAGGUAUUUUAUCAUUAUUUUCUCCAAGAACUUCGCUGCUAACUCUUGGAACCUAGAUGAAGUUGCAGAGAUUUUUAAGUGUGCGAAAGAAAGACGAAAUAUUGUUAUACCUGUAUUUUCGGACGUGGACCCCUCUGAUGUGAGGGAACAGAAAGGGUAUUUUGGCGAAGCCUUGUUCAAAUUUGAUGGACGCUCGAGGAUGGGAGUAUGGAAAAAUGCUCUCGUUGAAGCAGCUAAUGUACCAGGCUGCUUGGAAGAAAGCAAAUUCAGGACAAGGGAAGCUCUGGCCAAAAGAGCUGCUAAAAGAAUUAAGAGAAACCUACCACCAUCAACUAUUAGGAGGAAGGGAUGAAUCAGGGCUGAAGUAAUAAUCACAGGGCAUCAACUUAUUUCACUUAUAUAGGGGCGGACCUAGGUGAACCCCAGGGUGGGCGGGCGCACCCCUUGAAAAAAAUUUAGUGUAUAUUUUAGGCAAAAAACCUGACCGCACCCUCUGAAAAUAUGCUUGAACCACUCAUCUGCACCCCAUCAAAUAAUUUCUGGGUCCGUCACUGCCUAUGUAAUAUUAAUAUCAGUUGUUUAUAAUAAUACUAGAGGUAUGUGUGCUUAUAAUAA